AUGGUCCAAAAGUCGCGGAACGGCGGCGUGUUUCCAGCAUCCCAGAGCGACCAGAAGAAGCUCAAAGUGGGCUUCGUGGGGCUGGAGGGCGCCGUGGCGGAGACCAGCAGGGAUGGGGCCCUCCUCAUCACGGGUGUGGAGGAGGGCCCCCGACGACAGCGCAGCAGUGUGUCUGGAGGGAAGAAGCCAGUGAAGCGUAAUGCCGUCUACAGGAGGCUUCAGAACUUUCUUUACAAUGUUUUAGAACGUCCUCGAGGAUGGGCCUUCAUCUAUCAUGCAUAUGUGUUUUUGCUGGUCUUCUCCUGUCUUGUUAUGUCCGUCUUCUCCACCAUCAAAGAGUACGAAAAGAGUUCUGAGGAUGCUCUGUACAUUCUGGAAGUGGUGACCAUAGUGGUGUUUGGAGUGGAGUACAUGGUGAGGAUCUGGGCGGCGGGAUGCUGCUGUCGGUACAGAGGGUGGAGAGGCCGUUUGAAGUUUGCCAGAAAACCCUUCUGCGUCAUCGACAUCAUGGUGCUGAUUGCUUCGGUGUCGGUGCUGGCGGCUGGAACACAGGGGAAUGUCUUUGCUACAUCAGCCAUCCGCUCCCUGCGCUUCCUCCAGAUCCUGAGGAUGAUCAGGAUGGACCGUCGCGGAGGCACCUGGAAACUUCUGGGCUCAGUGGUCUAUGCCCACAGCAAGGAGCUGAUCACAGCGUGGUACAUCGGCUUCUUGUGUCUGAUCCUGGCGAGUUUCCUGGUUUACUUGGCUGAGAAGGAGGAUAACGACCAGUUUGAAACAUAUGCUGAUGCUCUCUGGUGGGGACUGAUCACUCUGACCACUAUCGGCUAUGGGGACAAAUUCCCCAUCACAUGGAAUGGCCGUCUGCUGGCUGCUACCUUCACUUUGAUAGGAGUGUCUUUCUUUGCUCUGCCCGCUGGAAUUCUUGGCUCUGGGUUUGCCCUGAAAGUCCAGGAGCAGCAUCGACAGAAGCACUUUGAGAAACGUAGGAACCCAGCUGCUGGACUGGUGCAGGCUGCAUGGAGGGUUUAUGCCACCAAUCUGACCCGAACAGAUCUCAACUCGACUUGGGACUACUAUGAAAGAACCACUGUCCCAAUGUACAGAUUGAUUCCUCCCUUGAACCAACUGGAUCUACUGAGAAACCUGAAGAACAAGUCUGGCCUUUCCUUCAGUCAGAAAGUGAGUCUGAAGGAGAGAGUCUUCUCCUCUCCACGAAGCUCUGGGAACAAAGGAAAAGGUUCUCCUCAGCAUGUGGGCCCAGGAGUGGGCUCUGAAGGCCCCGCAGUCUGCCCUGGUCUGGACCCCAGCCUAGAUGACAGUCCCAGUAAAGUACCUAAGAGCUGGAGCUUUGGCGAGCGCAGCCGGACACGGCAGCCCUUCAGAUUCCGGGGUGCUGCAUCCAGACAGAACUCAGAAGUGCUCAUAGAGAUGCAGGAUGAAGAGUUCAGACAGAAGAGCUCGCCAGAGGCCAGUCUGCCUGGGGAAGACAUGGCAGAUGAUAAUAAAAGCUGCCACUGUGAGUUUGUCCCUCAAGACCUGACCCCGGGCUUAAAGGCCACUAUCAGAGCUAUUUGGGCCAAACGUCUGAAGUCACUGGUCAGCGUGUGCUGUGGCAUCCAUUUUCUGUUUUUUCACUGCUUUCAGUUUUUGCAUUAUGCGUUUCUUAGUUUCCAAGAGAAAAUUUAA